GAUUUGCAUACAGCGAUUCAACUCGCCGGGAUCCGGUAGGGUGAGUCACGCCGAAACUCUUUUGCCGAAAGAUUGACCGCAAACCGAAACCAACGAUCGCCAGCCGCAUUCUAAAUUCCUCUUCACGUGUAUGAGAAGCUUUAGUGCUCCUAGGCGCAAUUUAGGAGAAUAUUGAUGAGAAUUAAGGCUCAAAAACUAUCGUGAAGUUUAGUUGUAAGUUCGUAUGGUUAACGUGCUGCCAUACCCUCGUUGCUAGUGAGUGCGGAAGUUGUCAGGAUUCAAAAUGGCGGCAGCCGAGUUGAAAUAUCUGAUCGUAGACAAGGAUUUGGUGAGCGAUCCAGCGACCCAGGCGGAAUGGACGUCCAAGAGGCUGGUCUGGGUGCCGGACGAGACCCAUGGCUUCGUGGCGGCCAGCAUUAAAAGCGAGAAAGGCGAAGACAUCACCGUGGAAGUCGCCGAAAACAACAAGACCCGUGUCGUGAACAAGGAUGACAUUCAAAGGAUGAACCCUCCCAAGUUCAACAAAGUCGAGGACAUGGCCGAGUUGACCUGUCUGAAUGAAGCUUCAGUUCUCAACAAUCUCAAAGAAAGAUACUACUCUGGGCUGAUAUAUACAUACUCCGGCCUUUUCUGCGUGGUAGUAAAUCCUUACAAGAGGUUGCCCAUCUACUCGGAGAAGGUCAUUGAACUCUACAGGGGCAAAAAGCGUCAUGAAGUCCCGCCCCACGUCUUUGCUAUCACUGACGCGGCUUUUUACAGCAUGCUGCAAGACCGUGAAGACCAAUCCAUCCUGUGCACUGGGGAGUCUGGUGCCGGCAAGACAGAAAACACCAAGAAAGUCAUCCAGUACCUGGCUUACAUUGCCGCUAGAAAGGAAGGCAAGGGAGCCAGCGCUUCCCAGCUGCAGCCUUCCCCUGUCAGAAAAGACUUAAGCAGGCAAAAUAACAGGAGCCAGAUACAUGUUUCUGAUUUACAAAAGGUCAGUCCAAGAAAACGGUUGGUAAAAACCUUUUCCAGCACCUUCAAUAUCAUGUCAGGUCAUCCAACAUAUGUACACAUUUGAUGUGGUGUAGUUCUUUAGCCAACAUGGUCUCUGUCAUUCUCUUGUAAGCCGUUAUGAUAUAUUGAUAUUUUUCACGAGGGCUUACUUUGGACAUAUGUGUUGCCUAUUCAUGGCCCGCGUGUAAGGAAACAGGCAAAAGUUAACUGUGCAGAUGUCUGCAGAACAUGUUGCAGUUACAUUUGUGUAUUUCACAGCUCAAAUGCUGAUGAGAAAAUAUUUGAAUUUCCCCCCUUGCCGCUUCUAAUGAAUUACAAUUGCCUGACACGGAGUGGGCCAAAAUCUGUAUCUGUUGAAUUCUUUAACCCUAACACUCCUCAGUCCUCCAACAGGUGAAGGAUUGAGGAGGGUUAGGGUUAAUCAAAGAUUUUGACAAGUGACAUUUUAGUGCGGUAUUCCAUCAAAGUUGUACCAAUCAUAUGUAGUACAUAUAUUCCUUUCCCCUCAAAGAAAUUGAAUGAAAUGAAAAUAAAAAUCCCCUAGACGUCUAGCAAUAUGGUGUUGAUAAAUUGCAUGUAUUCCUAACUACAUGUAUCUCCUACUUUAGAAACAAAAUAAUUCUUGGCUACUGAUCAAUCCUAGAUCGUCAUUGUUUCUGUGCACCUAUUUAUUUAUCCGAUAUUAGUUUUGAGACGAUGCCCUAGUAAUGCAGACCAAAUUAUCAUACACACUUGAAAAAUAUGAUGGAUCUAUAGUUAAGAAAUACAAAGGGGGGUUCUUUCUUUUCCACAUGUAUACAUGUACUAAGCACAUGAAUUAAAAACUAGUAGAACAUGUGACAAAUACUGACACGCACAUGGAUAAAGAUCAUUUUGCACUUCACUUUAUGUUACGCUUCCACACAAUAUACAGACACCAGUUGAACUUGUGUUUUCUUUGAUUUUUUGUUCUGUUUUGUGCAUUAACGUACAUAGGCACCUGUAGAUGCACCUUGUGGUAGAAUUUCACAUCCAACAACAUUUCCCUAGUUAUAUUUGUUUCUCUACCAUUGCUCAAACCAUGUGCAGUUGAAUGCCAUUUCUGUCUGACAAAUUAAAAAAUUUGCUUUUGUGAUUUCAAAGAUGACUUGAUGAAGUGCAUUAAUUGAGAAUCCGACACUUCCAACGUCAUAUUUUUGCGUGAAAUUUAAAAUUUUGAGAUAAGCAUUGUUUCAUUGCCUGUGCCUAAAAGGCUGGUAUUUUGAAGAAGGUUUCCAUGGUUUCAAGUAGUGGUUGUGGAAUUGACCCUUGUUUUAUGUUGUACACGUAGAUGUUUGUGACCGUCUUUAAUCCUUGGGCUAACAGGCGGUCACUGGCAUGGAAUUGUAGUUUUUCUGUUCUUUCUAACCCUCUUCAUGUCUUCUUCCAUCUCAUCCACCCCGUAAUGUUAUGUUGAUCCCUCCCCCUUCCCAUUCCUGGUGUCCCCACCCCUGGAAUCUGCCCCCUCCCAUGACCUCCCUGA